AAAAGAAACUUAUGUGGUCUGUAUGUUGUUUGUCAAAAGUUUGGCUUCGAUCUUAUAAUUGAAGUUAUACAAGAGGAAACUUUAUUGGUGCGUUUGUGCACCAUUGGUUUUAUCAGUUAAGUAUUUUCCUGUUCAGACAAGUUAGCGCGAGAACUUGAGGUACGCAGUACGCAUUUGCAGGUGUUUACGUUAGUUGCGUUUUAGUUGUGUUUAGUGCAUACCAUCGAGAUAUGUGCAUACAUCCAUCUUAAGAAUGUCAUUUCGAAGAUUUCUGACUCAAAGUGAAUUGGAAGCUGCCGUUGAAGAAGCUGGACAAGAACUGUACAACUACAGAAAAGGUGCUCUUGAUGCUGUUUACAUACCUCCAGAUGUAGACAAUGUAACUGACGAGGAGGAUGUAGAAGAUGAGCUACUACCCGAAAUUGAUGUACCAGGUCCUUCAGACAUUGCUGGUACAUUUGAACUCCACGCAUUUAUGAAUGAAGAUGACGCUGCUGAAAUUCGAUACUUCCGAUGA